ACCCCCAAAUUCUGUACACUCAGAAUUUUUGGUUUUUCAUACGGUGGAGAUUUCAGUAUUUCGUUUUCACCGUUCCCCAUAAAGAGCUACUCUCUGCAUCUCCUUACCAGUUUGAAUCGUAAACUUCCCUGAAGCAGAACCCAAAAUCACUGGCCAGAUGAAAAGACCACGAAGGACGCACUAAAAUUUCUAUUUCCAGAUAAGUCCUUUCGCCCUCCACAUACUUCAAAACCCACACUUUUCCGUUUUCUAAAACCCUCACGAUUGUUCCUCACCCAAUUCAAUCUGGGCUUCAGUUGACACAAACAACAAAGAGCUCAUAAUUUUAUGCCCAAUGAAUGAUCUUGUCUCUCAGUAUUCUAUUUAAUGGGUAGUUUUCGAUUUGUUGAACUGCACAUUUUGGAAGUCUCUGUGCUUGGAUUUAGGUAUCAUUACAUUGGCUUUUUUGCAUAUCUGGCUGCUAAUGAACUACAGGUAUAAUGGGUUCUUUCAUUUGUAAUAUACUUUUGUCAUGUACUCUGUAGCUCUUUCUGGUCCAAGAAUUUUCAAGGGAUUGUCUUGUUUUUGCACAUUUUUUCGCCGUGUAUGUAGUCGAAAUUUUAUUGGUGAUGAUGUCCAAAAUGGGUCUGCCAGAGUAGAGGAUUUUCUUAAUGAAUCUUGGAAAAGUUCGAGUGCUGAGUACAAUGUGGAUGAUGAAAAGACUGCAACUUUAUAUGAUUCAAUUGGUUCUUCGAUGGUCAAUGGUGAUUUUGAAGGCCCUUCUCAGUCAAACUUCUCAGGAAAACAGAAAUUCGUUGAUGAGGUGAGAAGCGAUGCUGCAAGAAUUCUUGAAAUUCUCCAUCAAGAUGGUCCUGGAGUCGACGUGAAAGCUAAUUUAAGUGAUUUAGGUGUAAGGGUUUCGGGUCUUCUUGUGAGAGAAGUUCUCUAUGGUAUCUUGAAAACAAGAAAUCACAUAAACAAAAACAGGAGCGCAAAGCUGGGAUACAAGUUUUUUGUGUGGUCUGGCGAACAAGAGAACUACAGACACACGGCAAAUGCAUACCACUUGAUAAUGAAGAUAUUUGCAGAGUCAGAGGAAUAUAAGGCAAUGUGGCGAUUAGUUGAUGAUAUGAUUGAGAAAGGGUACCCAACUACUGCACGCACUUUCAAUAUAUUGAUAUGUACGUGUGGCGAGGCUGGAUUAGCUAGAAAAGUUGUAGAGAGGUUUAUAAAGUCAAAGACGUUUAAUUACAGGCCAUUUAAGAAUUCAUUUAAUGCAAUUUUACAUUCUCUUUUGACAAUUAAUCAGUACGGGUUGAUUGAGUGGGUGUAUCAGCAGAUGUUAGUAGAAGGUCAUUCCCCUGACGUGUUAACUUAUAAUAUCAUUAUGUCUGCAAAGUUUAAGUUGGGGAAGCUGGAUCAGUUUCACAGAUUACUUGAUGAAAUGGGCAGGAAUGGAUUUUCCCCUGAUUUUCAUACAUUCAGUCUCCUUCUCCAUGUUCUUGGUAAAGGGGACAAGCCUCUGGCAGCAAUUAAUCUUUUGAAUCACAUGAAGGAAGUGGAUAUUGAUCCAAGCAUUCUCCACUUCACCACAUUGAUAGAUGGGCUCAGUCGUGCUGGCAAUAUGGAUGCCUGCCAGUAUUUCUUCAAUGAAAUGAUAAAGCACGGGUUCAUGCCGGAUGUUGUCUGUUACACUGUCAUGGUAACAGGUUAUGUUGUAUCGGGCGAGAUUGAUAAGGCUCAGGAUAUGUUUUCAGAGAUGAUCAGCAAGGGGCAAUUGCCAAAUGUGUUUACGUAUAAUUCCAUGAUCCGAGGGCUUUGUGUGGUAGGGAAGUUUGAAGAGGCUCUCUUGAUGUUGAAAGAGAUGGAAUCAAAAGGUUGUAAUCCAAAUUUUCUCGUGUACUGUACGUUAGUCAGUUAUUUGCGACAUGCAGGAAAGCUGUCUGAAGCUCAUGAAAUCAUAAGAAAUAUGAUGGAAAAGGGGCAGUAUAUUCAUCUCCUGUCAAAGAUCAAAAGAUAUAGAAGAUUCUAAGAAGAUAAAGUUCAUAAAUUAGGGAAAUUAGUUGUAAAAGAAAUUGAUAUUGAUAGGGUGUUCAUUCAUAAGCUGAUCUUUAACUGCCGUAUGUUUCUGUGCAAUGUAAGUUUCAGCAACAUCUACAAUUUUGAUUACCUUUCCUAAUAAUAUGACUUUUCUUCCGUU